AUGGAGCAAAAUAAGAAGAGCCAGCAGCAGAAGCACGGAACCAAACGUAAACUCGAAAAUAAACUCGAAAAUAAACUCGAAAAUGGCGCCGAAGUCAAUUCCGAGCCUCCUUCCAAGCGCACCGCCGCACCCACUGCUGCAGCGCGACACGAACACACCGAAGUUGAUGAAACAAUCGCCAUGAUGGAUCCUGCAUUACUGGCAGACCAUUUUGCGAAAUACGUCCGAAAGAGCUAUCCGGACAGCAGUUCCAUCGAGCUGGAAGACCAAUUCCUACCGUCCAAAGCGUUCCUCAAUACCACAGACUUCGACAAGCCUCAUGCAGCGGCAAAUCUACCGCAGUUCCUCGAGAGAUUCUCGGACGGGGGCAAAGCCAGACUGUCUUCUUGCGAUGACACAGCCUCGCCUCAUACCCUGGUAGUCACCUCAUCGGGAAUCCGUACAGCGGACCUCACACGAGACUUGCGCAUUUUCAACAGCGAGAAUUCAAAGGUCGCCAAGUUGAUUGCAAAACAUAUGAAGCUGAAAGAUAAUGUGGAAUAUAUGCAGAAAACGAAAGUUGGAAUUGCUAUCGGAACACCGGCGAGACUGAAAGACCUGAUCAACGCAGACGCUCUCAAGCCCAAAGGCAUACGGAGGAUUGUGGUGGAUGGAUCGUACCGCGACCAGAAAAAGAGAACAAUAUUUGAGAUGGACGAACUAUUUCGGCCUCUGAUGGCACUGCUGAACAUGGAUGAGAUCCGUCAACGGUAUGGGUCUGAGAACAAAAUCGACAUACUGGUCUUCUAA